AUGGGCUUGUUAACGAAAGUAGCCACGUCGAGACAAUUCUCUACAACGAGAUCCGUUGCCAAGAAACUAAACAAGUAUUCCUACAUCAUCACUGAACCAAAGGGCCAAGGUGCCUCCCAGGCCAUGCUUUACGCUACCGGGUUCAAGAAGGAUGACUUCCAAAAGCCUCAGGUCGGUGUCGGUUCAUGCUGGUGGUCUGGUAACCCAUGCAACAUGCAUCUGUUGGACUUGAACAACAGAUGUUCCCAAUCCAUCGAAAAGGCUGGCCUAAAGGCCAUGCAGUUCAACACCAUCGGUGUUUCUGACGGUAUCUCCAUGGGUACCAAGGGUAUGAGAUACUCUUUGCAAAGUAGAGAGAUCAUUGCGGACUCGUUUGAAACCAUCAUGAUGGCUCAGCAUUACGAUGCCAACAUCGCCAUCCCAUCUUGUGACAAGAACAUGCCCGGUGUCAUGAUGGCCAUGGGUAGACACAAUAGACCCUCCAUCAUGGUCUACGGUGGUACCAUCUUGCCCGGUCACCCAACCUGCGGGUCCUCCAAGAUCUCCAAAAACAUCGACAUUGUCUCAGCUUUCCAAUCUUACGGUGAGUAUAUCUCCAAGCAGUUCACUGAAGAAGAGAGAGAAGAUGUCGUGGAACACGCCUGCCCUGGUCCUGGUUCUUGUGGUGGUAUGUACACCGCCAACACAAUGGCCUCUGCCGCAGAAGUCCUAGGUUUAACCAUUCCAAACUCCUCUUCCUUCCCCGCCGUGUCCAAGCAGAAGUUGGCCGAGUGUGACAAUAUUGGUGAAUACAUCAAGACAACAAUGGAAUUGGGCAUUUUGCCCCGUGACAUCCUCACCAAGGAGGCCUUUGAAAAUGCCAUCACUUACGUCGUUGCCACAGGUGGGUCCACCAAUGCUGUUUUGCAUCUGGUUGCCGUUGCUCAUUCCGCGGGUGUUAAGUUGUCUCCAGAUGAUUUCCAAAGAAUCAGUAACACCACACCAUUGAUCGGUGACUUCAAGCCUUCCGGUAAAUACGUCAUGGCUGACUUGAUCAACGUCGGUGGUACACAAUCCGUGAUUAAGUACUUAUACGAAAACAACAUGUUACAUGGUAACACCAUGACUGUCACCGGUGACACUUUGGCAGAACGUGCCAAGAAGGCACCAAGCUUGCCUGAAGGCCAAGAGAUCAUCAAACCUCUUUCCCAUCCAAUCAAGACCAGCGGUCACUUACAAAUCUUAUACGGUUCAUUGGCGCCAGGUGGUGCCGUGGGUAAAAUUACCGGUAAGGAAGGUACUUACUUCAAAGGUAAGGCCCGUGUCUACGAAGAAGAAGGUGCCUUUAUUGAAGCUUUGGAAAAGGGCGAAAUCAAGAAGGGUGAAAAAACUGUUGUUAUUAUCAGAUACGAAGGUCCAAGAGGUGCUCCAGGUAUGCCUGAAAUGCUAAAGCCUUCUUCUGCUCUAAUGGGGUACGGUUUAGGUAAAGAUGUCGCAUUGUUGACUGAUGGUAGAUUCUCCGGUGGUUCUCAUGGGUUCUUGAUCGGUCACAUUGUCCCAGAAGCCGCUGAAGGUGGACCUAUUGGUCUUGUGAAAGACGGUGACGAAAUCAUUAUCGAUGCUGACAAUAACAAGAUUGAUUUGUUGAUCUCCGAACAGGAAAUGUCUCAACGUAAGCAAAACUGGGUCGCUCCUCCACCUCGUUACACAAGAGGUACUUUAUCCAAAUAUGCUAAGUUGGUUUCCAACGCUUCCAGCGGUUGUGUCCUAGAUGCUUGA